UUGGAAGACUCCAUUUUCGUAUGUGAUAUUUUCAUCCAUCCAUUGGCAAAUCCACUUUGCGCUGUUCCUUCUGGCAAUUGCUCGCCGCUCUGAAAGAAAGAGAAAGAGAUGAGGCUCCUAACUCACAACAUGCUUUCCUCCAAUAUCAAGGGAGUCUCCAAUGGCUUCCCUCUGCGAAUCGAGGUAGAGAAAGUGAUAGAAAAAGAAGUUGACUGCAACCCUGAUUUUCUCAUAAACAUGUUCGCAAAGAUCGAGUGGAAGGCCCUCGUGGAUGCGGCAAGAACCAUGGGCUACGCUGAACUUCCAGAAGAGGCUGAAUCGUCGAUGCUUGAUUCGGAUGAGUUUUUGAGGAAGUUCCACCAUGCUCUUUUGGAGCUUCAUCUUGAAGAGGGAGCUCUGGUUUGUCCUGAGACGGGUCGUAAGUUCCCAGUGAAUAAAGGGAUUCCUAAUAUGCUGCUUCACGAAGAUGAGGUUUGAGUACUUUUUCUUUGAAGCUAUUAUGAGAUGUAGAUUAGGGUUUUGUAUUUGGGAAUGGGUUUGGGGUUUUAGAUACAGUGUUUUGACAAUUUUGAGUUAUGAAAUCAUGAAAUCGAACAUUGAGAGUAUAUGAAAAUUUCUUUUGGGAUGUUCAA